AUGGAGUUUAGUUCUGAGGGCUUCCUAGUACAGUGGCUGCGAUGCACGCACUGCGACCAGUCCUGUCACGGGCCCCAUCUCGGAGUUGAUCUGCUUGAAGGUCUUGGUGACGAGUUCGGCGUCGGCGACGUCGCACUGAACGCAUACCUUGCACUCCACUCCGUACUCCUUCCCGAUCUUCUUGGCGACUUCGACGGCAUCCUUGGAGCUUCGAUAGAUUACGGCGAUACGCGCGCCGGCGCUAGUGCAUGCCUCAGAGAUCGCUCGCCCAAUUCCUCGGUUGCCUCCCGUUACAAUGAUGCAUUUGCCUGGUAG